GCCAUGGCGUAUCCGAACAGAUAUCGAGACGCUGAAUUCGAGCCGGUCGGGUGAGCGGUCAUGCGACCGGUUCUCCUGCCUGUGUGGUGCUGGCUCCUGCUGAGCUGGGCUGGGCGGGGCCGCGCUAAUCCCGACGCGAAACGGCUCUACGAUGAUUUGAUGAGCAGCUACAACCGCCUUAUACGACCCGUCAGUAACAACAGCGAUACCCUCACUGUAAAGAUGGGGCUAAAGCUUUCCCAACUUAUCGAUGUGAAUUUGAAAAAUCAAAUCAUGACGACAAAUGUCUGGGUUAAUCAGGAAUGGUCUGACCACAAACUCAAAUGGGAUCCGGACGAAUAUGGCGGUGUGCGUCAACUGUACGUUCCAGCUGAGCAAAUAUGGCUGCCGGAUAUUGUUCUUUAUAACAAGUGA